UUGCAGCUUGGCAACGAUAAUAACAGCGAAUCGUUACCACCACCAGCAGAUGAUGGAUUUGAUACGUACAAUGUGCGUCCCUCCAAUGGUAGUAGUGCUGUAUCAACUCCAACAGCAGCAACAGCAGGCGGUGGAUUCGAUUCUUUCAAACCGCAAGAAUCGGAUGGUUUUGAAACGUACAAAACGCCAGCAACAGCGGCAGCCGCUGAUGGAUUUAAUACAUAUCAAUCAGCAGGAAGUGCUGCUACUGCUGCUGGUGGCGGUAGCGAUGGAUUUGAUACGUACAGUACAUCUUCCUUCGACAGCUACAAAGGAUCGGGUGGUGGAGAUGGAUUCAACAGCUACAAGCCGGCGGGGCAAACCCAAAGCGCUUUUAUUACGUAUGCGACAACAGAAGAAGCUGAAGCAGCGCUCAAAGAAGUGAGCUUUUUGAUAUCAAAAACAGUUAUUGAGUUGAUGGAUGGAAAUAUGGUUAACGGAAUCACUUUGCGUGUUUCGUUCGCUCGUCGACAGAAUCAAGGCGGUGAUUCUGGACGCUUUCGUGGCAGGCCGUUUGACCGAGGUGGAGGUGAAGGUGGUCGUGGUGAGCGUGGUGGUCGCUUUCGAGGUGAACGAGGCGGUCGUUUUCGUGGCGGUGAACGUGGUCGUUUUCGGGGUGAACGACGAGGUCGAGGUCGUGGCCGUCCUUCGGACAGUGGAGGAGAUUCGUCAUGGCCUCCGUCAUCGUCUGAAAAUCGAGAUUUUUGGCCAGGCGCAAGCAGCACAUCAAACGAUGGAUGGCAAGCUGCAGAAACAUCGAGCAAAGAUAAAGAUGAUUUCUGGUCAGCUGCGAAGCGCUCUCCGGAAAGAAAAGAUGAUUCGGGUUGGCCCGGCGCUGAGAGUGACAAAAAGGACGGAGGCGAUGAUUUUGAAACUUAUAAACCAGGAAGUGCAAAAGGUGGCAGUGAUGGUGGAUUUGAUGCUUGGAAGCCAGGCGGAGCUGAUAAACGGAGUGGUGAUAGUUUCGAUGCUUGGAAAUCGUCUGAGCGAAAUGCCGAGCAAGGCGGUGAUAGUUUUGAUGCAUGGAAGCCAACGCGUGAUGCCCGAAAGGACAACGAUGACUUCGAUGCUUGGAAACCAGGCGGAGGAGGUGAUAAGCAAAGUGGUAGCGGUUUUGAUGCAGGCAAGCCAUCAUCGAGCAGUGGUGGUGGUGAUGAUGAUUUUAAUACGUGGCAGCCAUCUGGCGGUGACAAGAAGGAUGAUGGUGGUUUUGAUACUUGGGCUUCUAGCGCUACCAGUGAUGAUCGUCCAGAUUAUUCUGGUGAAAAUCGUGGUGGUUUUGGAGAGAGACGCAGCAGUUUUGGAGAGAGACGCAGUGGUGGUGGUUUCGGUGGGAGACGCGGCGGCGACUUCGGUGGAAGACGCAGUGAUUUCGGUGGGAGACGCGGCGAUUUCGGCGGAAGACGCGGCGAUUUCGGUGGAAGACGCGGCGGUUUUGGUGACAGACGUGGCGACAGAAGGCCACGACGUGGUGGUGGUGGAAAUCGUGGCGAUUCUGACUGGCAGCCGAGAAGACGCGAUGAUGAUUCAAGGGGAGAUGAUUAUUGGUCACGUGGCGAUUCAGGUGCCGACAGAAAAAGCUCAUGGCCAGCAGCAAGUGAUAGUGGAAAUAACGAUGAUUUCUGGCCUUCUGGGGAUUCCAAAAGAAGCAGCAAAAGAGCAGAUAGUGAUGAUGAAUCGGUGCCACCGAAGCGAUCCAGGCGAAGCACCAGUCCGCGCGCAGGAGAAGGAGAUAAAGAUGAUUUGUGGCCAGCACCAAGCCGUGCUUCCGAUAGCAGAGACGACAGUCCAUGGGGCUCAGAAGGGGAGAGAUCACGCGGAAGAGGUUUUCGAGGUGGUCGGCGUGGAGAUAGACGAGGUGGAAGAAGAGGAGGAGGAGGAGACCGAGAAGGGGAUCGAGGAGGAUUUCGACGGCCACAUCGCGAUUUUGACGACGGCGAUGCAUGGUCCGGCGAGAAAUCGGGCAGGUCUUCGCCAGCUGAUCCUUGGCCAAGUGCUGGUAACAGAUCACCAUCGGAUGAUGUUGUGCCAAGUUCUCCACCACCACCUCCGCCGAUGUCUGAAGUGCAGGUUGCAUGGAGCGAAGCAAGUAAGAUUUUGUUCUUUUGUUACCAAUUUUGGAGAUUUGAAAAUACUGUGGUAAGAUAUUUUACAAUCUCACGUUUGGAUGCGACAAAUAAUUCACCUAAAAAGACAUCGAAAGAAGCAUCAUCAUCUACAGAAGCAGCAACAGCAGCAGUUGCGCAGCAUAAAGCCGAGAUAAGAACUCAAGUUACCUAUGACGAAGAUGAUCCAUUCGCUUGA